AUGCAAGGACUAAAUUUGAGAAAAAUAGCUUUGGGGCUAUUAGUGGUAGGACUUCUGGACUUGGCAAUUUCACAGCCGGUCAACGAAGACUUCACUCCAUCUGCUUUUGACUUUAUGAUUGGAACAAAAGAAGAGUAUGAAGUAGUGCCAAUUCAUAAAUCGAACAUCCAGAAAAGAAGUAUCGAUGGACGAUUUCAUCUAGAGCUUAAAGCUUUUGGAGAACACAUCAAGAUAUGGCUCGAACCCAAUGUUGGAAUUUUAGCGACUGCUGAAACACCAAUAUUUAAGAUUGAUCAAGCAGGUAGAAUUCAAGAAUUGGAUGGUUUAAUGAACCAAAUAGCUGGAUAUUUAUAUUAUAAUGAAAAAGAGGCGGCUACAAUGUUUAUUAAGGAGACUCCAGAAGGAAUAUACAAAUUGGAUGGAGUAAUUGGUGGAAGAGGCUACUCUAUUCAUUCAAUACCAGAUCCAUCAUAUAAUACGAACCAGUUAUGGUAUCAAACUGAAAGAUUCAAGAGAUUUAUUGAAAAUACACCAGAACAUGAACGUGGAAAUUACACCUACCACAUUGUUUCUAAACUCCCACAAGUACCUGAUCAUUUAAAGACUCUGAAAGCUCCAACUUUAAACUUUUCGAGAUCCAAAAGGGCUCUUGCUCCUGAAGUAAUCUAUCCUGAAAUUAUGGUUGUUGUGGAUUAUUCACUUUUCCAAAAGUUUAAACUUAAUCAUUACGAUGUGGUAAAAUAUCUUCUGCCAUUUUGGAAUAGCGUUGACUUUAAAUAUCGAAGCUUGGAAAAUCCCCAGUACAGACUAAAUAUUGCUGGAAUUAUGAUUGCUGAGACACCAACAUCUCUUUCAUUUAUGCAACAUAAACUUCGGUACUAUCCAUACGAUUUACUUAUUGAGGAUGCCUUACUAGACUCUGCGGACUUCGUAUUAAAUAUAGAGAAAAUGUUCAAAGAAACUCAUAGUUUUGAUGCUGUAGUAACGAUAACUUCACAUAAAGUUUGUGCAAUGAAGGAUGGACAAUGUAAAAGAGGAACCAUUGGUCUAGCAUACGUAUCAGGAGCUUGUAAUUUACCAGAAAUGGGAUGGUAUCAAGGAAAAAGAGUACCCACAAAUGCAUUCAAAUCUUCUAUAGUUUAUGACAACGCUGGUUAUGAUGGCGUCAACGUAGCUGCUCAUGAGCUUGGACACUUGUUUGGUGCUGAGCAUGAUGGUGAACAUCAUGAAGCAUGUCCUCUUAAAACCGGUCAUCUCAUGGCUCCAACUGUUUCUUUUACUGCUAAUUCAUCAGACUGGUCUCUCUGUGCAGUACAUGAUAUGGAAAAGUUCCUUAAUUCUCAAUCGUCUAAAUGUCUCUUCAAUGAACCUCAAUCAGGAACCAAGUUAGCCAGGUUUUUGCCUGGAAGAAUGAUGGAUGCUGAUGCUCAAUGCAGAUCUUAUGGAAAUAAAAAGGUCUAUCAAUCUAAUGAAAAUAUAUGUGUAAAUCUUAAAUGUUUGGAUGAUCAAGAAAGAUUCAUUUAUACACAUCCAGGAGCAGCUGAUGGAACUAUUUGUGGAGAUAACAAAAUAUGUAUUCAAAGACAAUGCAUUGAUCUUUCUAAAAUCACUUAUUAA